CGCGACGGGACGUCACAGGACGCGGGUCGGGGGUCGCCGGUGCGGCCCUGGCGGGCGGCAUGGAGCGGAGGUGGGUCUUCGUGCUGCUCGACGUGCUGUGCGUCCUGGUCGCCUCUUUGCCCUUUGCUAUCCUGACACUGGUGAAUGCCCCAUACAAGCGAGGGUUUUACUGUGGAGAUGACUCUAUCCGGUACCCCUACCGCCCAGACACCAUCACCCAUGGGUUCAUGGCCGGGAUCAUCAUCACAGCCACUGUCAUCCUGGUCUCGGCUGGGGAGGCGUACCUGGUGUACACCAACCGCCUGUACUCCCGCUCCAACUUCAACAACUACGUGGCCGCUGUGUACAAGGUGCUGGGGACCUUCCUGUUUGGGGCUGCGGUGAGCCAGUCCCUGACAGACCUGGCUAAGUACACGAUCGGCCGCCUGCGGCCCAACUUCCUGGCCGUCUGUGACCCGGACUGGAGCCGCGUCAACUGCUCAGUCUACGUCCAGCUGGAGGAGGUGUGCAGGGGGAGCCCAGCCAACGUCACCGAGGCCAGAUUGUCUUUCUAUUCCGGGCACUCCUCGUUCGCCAUGUACUGCAUGGUGUUCCUGGUGCUCUACGUGCAGGCACGACUCUGCUGGAAAUGGGCGCGGCUGCUGCGGCCCACGGUGCAGUUCUUCCUGGUGGCCUUCGCCCUCUACGUCGGCUACACCCGCGUGUCUGACCACAGACACCACUGGAGCGACGUACUUGUCGGGUUCCUGCAGGGGGCGCUGGUGGCCGGCCUCGCUGUCCGCUAUAUCUCUGACUUCUUCAAAGCUCGAUCCCCGCAGCACUGCCUGGAGGAGGAGGAGCUGGAGCGGAAGCCUAGCCUGUCGCUGACACUGACUCUGGGGGAGGCUGAUCACAACCACUAUGGAUACCCGGUGUCCUCCUGA